AUGUACGAAGGGAUUGACAACCUGAAAUCCCUUUACGACCGUGCCGGGAAGACUUUCUCCGGCGGUCCUUCUGCGGCACAGGAUGUGUCGCGUCGUACUGCUCGACCAGACCCAGUACGUCAACCAUCAAUUGGGAGCGGGGCUCCCAAGAAUCCCAGGACGGGGGAUAGCCGCGCCACCGGACGAGGUAACUCGUCCGACGUCCGUUCACGUCGCGGUGGUUCAACAGCUGCUCUACUAGACAGCGCUGGCCACCGCGAGAGUCCUCUAAUGGAGGUGGAGGAGGAGGAAAGACGCUCUCCACACGAUCAUGUGGAUCGGUGUGUUCCCGAGAGCUUCUUUGAUCGCGUAACGCAAGGGUUACGCGACGAUCUCGAGCAUGAGCGGAAUAGGCGUCUCCAGAUGGUGGACACUGCCUCGAAGCAUCGAGCUGAGUUUGCCUUUGCUCAGCUUGAGAACGAGAGAUCUCUGACAUCUCUUCGUGACGAGCUAAGGGUAGCUCGUGGGAUUGUUGAUCGGUCUCGGGCUGAGAUAACUGCUCUUCAGACCCUUGUUGAUGCCCACCAUCGGGAGCACAAGGCUCUCUGCGAGAUGCUUGAGCGCAAGGGCGUUCUUCAUCGGAAGAAGCAGCGUACUGAUGGUACGGCUUAA